CGCUCCGCCGGACGGCCCCUUCUCCCGGCAGAUGUUUGUUUCCGGCGUUUCAAUAAAGCUCGAUUCGGCUCGAAGAAGACCUGUUCUUCCGGGAAAAUGGCGGCUCCCGCUCGUGGCUCCGAGUCGCCGCCGGCCGCGGAUCCGGCGCUAGCGGCGGGGCCUGCGGAGGAAGCCCAGUGCUCGCCGCCUCGCCAGCCUCAGCCCCCUCAGAAUGUCCUUGCUGCCCCGCGGCUUCGUGCCCCCAGCUCCCGAGGACUUGGGGCUGCGGAGUUUGGCGGAGCUGCGGGAGGUGUUGAAGCGCCAGGAGAGACUUUUGCGCAACGAAAAAUUCAUUUGCAAAUUGCCCGACAAAGGUAAAAAGAUCUUAGACUCUGUUGCCAAACUGAAAGCUGACAUUGCAGAAUAUGAAGAGAUUAUUAGAGGACAAAGUGAACUGUUUCGUCCUGUUAGUGUAGACUGUAAGCUAAGGCAAAAAGCAGUUGCAGAAGUUGGUGUGACCACGGGUAAGGCCCAGAAAUCUGACCAGAUACUUGAUACUUCAUCAUCAGUUCCUGGCAGUUCCUCUGUAGAUAACAUCAAGUCAUCUAAAACAACCUCACAAAAACAGGGACUUGUACGUCCUACUCGCAGAGGUGAUGAAGAGACUCCAGAGGCUGAGUGUGUAGUGAACAAGUGCCCAGCUUCCAGAAGCAGAGCCAGGCCACCUUCUUCAUCUGAAGCUAACAAGUGUCUCCCUCAGCAUUGUGUUUCAAGUCAAGCAGAAGAUAUCUCCAGCAGCUUUGACAAUCUAUUUAUUGACAAGUUACAAAGGGUCACAAUUGAAGACCAAGGUGAACGCCAUUCAGAAGAAAACAGAAGUGCUGAGAACUUGACAGAUCUUUGUAGUGGGACUCAGAAGAAACCUCAUUACAUGGAAGUGCUAGAAAUGCGAGCCAAAAACCCAGUGCCCCCACCACAUAAGUUUAAAACCAAUGUAUUACCUUCUCGACAAAAUGAUUCAUCUAGUCAUUGUCAGAGGAGAGGGUCUCCUGUUUCCUCGGAAGAGCGGCGGCGCAGGGAUAAGCAGCAUCUUGAUGACAUCACUGCAGCUCGGCUUCUACCGCUUCACCAUAUGCCCACACAGCUGCUCUCCAUAGAAGAAUCUUUGGCACUUCAGAAACAGCAGAAACAGAAUUAUGAGGAGAUGCAAGCGAAGCUUGCAGCACAAAAAUUAGCUGAAAGACUGAAUAUUAAAAUGCAGAGUUACAAUCCGGAAGGGGAGUCUUCAGGAAAAUACCGAGAAGUAAGGGAUGAAGAUGAUGGUUGGUCCUCUGAUGAUGAAUUCUGAAGAUGGGCGUUGGAAUAAUCUCCUAAGUCACCAACUCUUGAGGUGUUAUUAUCUUACAUCAGACUUUCUAACAAGUAUCAAGAUCAGUGUCAGACAUUGUUGAGGGAAAGAAUUUUAUAAAGUUACACAAAGGUAGCAUUUAAAAAGCCCAGUUUGUUGACUUUCAGAAGACUUUCAUGUGUUCAAAAAGUUUAAUAUUUGAAUAUUGUGUUUAACCACAUUGUAUUAAAGUUUUGCAGUAUAUGUCAUGUGUUGGUCUGAUAUUUUAGCAUAUAGUAGAGCAUACUUUUUUUCUUUAAGCCAAAUGAAAGCAGAUAACUUUGCUUUUUCCUUAUUCUUACCUCUAUCAAAUAGUGUUUAUUACAUGUCUUUCAGUGAAAUACUUAGUUGUCCCAGGCACUUAAAGUAGGCACACAUAAUUCCAUCCUGUUUUUCAGUAAUGAAGGGAGCAAUCUAAAGAAUUGCAUACAUGUUUGCAUGGGGUAUUGAGAUACUGGAUGUGAAAUACCUAGGAGGACAAUCAUAGAAAAUGCUUAACAAAUGUUUGUCUCCUCCUUCUGUCUUCCCUUAGGAAGAAUGUUCUCUCUCUUCUGAUCAGGAAUAAGGAGUAUUCUGAGUAGAUCUGGAGGGUGGAGAGUCUUUCUAGAUAACCAGAUUUGCCUGGACUGGAAUGAGGUAUAGGAAAAGUCCAAGCUUCACCUGACUUGAGUUCAUUGCUCUCACAGAUGAUAGGUUCAUGUAUGGGACAAUAGGGUUUGGUAAGGAAACCGAUUUUUUUUUUUUUUUUAAUUACAAUCGACAUGUCAGUACAUUGCUUUUUUUCCCCCAAAAGAGGCAUAUAUAGGCUGCAGAAACCUCAAUCUCAUAUAUACAUGUUCAUGUCAUUUUAAAGGAUUAUAUAGUUGUCGUCAGAGAAAUUAACACCUAUGUUAUCAAAAAUUCUGUGUAAUAUGUUGGAAUCUUUAAAAGUGUUGAAAGGAAGAAUAAAAUAUUAAUUAGAUCAA